GGGCACACCACUGUAAGACUCUCUCCCGUAAACUGUAAACCUAAUGUCCUCAAUAAUCUUUAAUCUUAUCUCUCCACCGACCCAAAAUAUCAUAAGCUGAUGUCAUCCACCGGGUAAAAAAUCUCUAUUUGACUAAGGAUCUGACGGGCUAUGCACAAGACCUGACAGGAGUUUUUGGAGCUUCUUGUUCAUUAGAGAACUACGAUCGAGCCUAAAGAUUUGGGUCUCUUGGGUAUCAUGAUUAUGCAUCCCGGAUCCCUAAUCUGGGAUUGUAUAGUAAUCUUUCCAUGUGGUUCCGUAAAUCUCGAUGGGUUGAAUUAAAACAUUGUUCGGUGGGUUCCAAACUCUGGAUGGAAUUCGGCCAUGAAGAAGUGGGAUUACAAGACAGUUGUUUCGGCUUAUAGUUUGGUGUUUAAGUUUUUCAUCCGGGCCUGAAGUUAAAAUAUUGUCCAUUGGGUUCCAAUUUUUUGAUAACAUGUGGACCUGAAGUAUUGUUAGUACAUGACGCGGAAUCUUGAAGAACACAAUCCUUGCACUAGACAGGGUAAAUAAAAGUUUCGCAUUUUGUUUCAGUUGCUGACCCAAUGGGCACUUGCUCCAAUGGAAAAAAUGUUGAGAUACAAACAGAGGAGAAAUCUGAUCCUAACUGCUUGUCACAUAUGGUUCCGGAUCUUAAAAAAGAGGCAGGCGAUGCAUUUUCCGUUAGUUCUUCUCAAAGGGGACUUCUAGAAAUUAGUGGACCGUUAGAAAAAGUAGAGAUUAAAGCAGCAACCCCACAAAAACCCAAGAGAAAUUUUUUAAGCUACUUGCAUAGGCCUCCGAGAAGAGCAGGCUUUCUGAAACUCGGAUCCUCAACCCUUCUUGUUUCGCCUUCUGCAAAAUUUAAGAGGAUGGCUGAUCAAAGAGAUGGAUUAUCCAGAGCCACACCAACGCCACAGCCUCUCCGAGGUUUGAAGGAUGGUUUUCAAAUGCCUUUUGUUGGGGAAAUUAGAUGGGUAGUUCUGAAAGGUGCAUUGAAGCAAUGGCUAAGGAACCCAAAGAAUUUGGCACUGUUUAUAUGGGGCGGCGCUGUGGCAGUGUCUGGGGCUAUUCUUUUUUUGGUUAUGGUUGGGUUUCUUAAUAAGGCUCUUCCCAAGAAGAGUCAAAGGAAUGCGUGGUUUGAGGUCAAUAAUCAAAUUUUGAAUGCUCUGUUUACUAUGAUGUGCCUCUAUCAGCACCCUCUGCGGUUUUAUCACCUUUCACUUCUAUGUAGAUGGGAACCUCAGGAUAUCAUCAAGUUGAGAAAGAUUUAUUGUAAAAAUGGAACAUACAAACCUCAUGAGUGGAUGCAUAUUAUGAUUGUUGUGUUACUUCUGCACUUGAAUUGUUUUGCGCAAUAUGCACUCUGUGGUCUUAAUUGGGGCUACAAGAGGUCAAAUCGUCCUGCUAUUGGUGUUGGUCUGUGCCUUGCUGUUGCAAUUGGUGCCCCUGCUGCAGCUGGCAUAUAUGUCAUUGCCAGCCCUCUUGGAAAGGAUUAUGAGACUGAAGGUGAUCUGGAGGGUGGAGUUAUCACAAAUGCAGAACAUAGUCAGUCAGAUGUGAACGCUGUUAGUGGCAAACGUUUAACUACUCUGCUGGAGAGGAGAUACUCUUUUGCUGAUAGGGAAAGCAAGAGGGUAGAAUCAAAACCAGAAUGGAAAGGGGGCCUAUUUGACUGCUGGACAGAUCCUCCGUUAGCAUUUUUCUCAACAUUUGCUCUGUUUUGUGUUUUCGGAUGGAACAUGGAUAGACUAGGAUUUGGGAACAUGUAUGUGCACACAGUCACCUUUAUUUUGUUAUGUAUGGCCCCUUUUUGGAUAUUCAAUUUGGCUGCAAUUAAUAUAGACAAUGAGCAGGUUCGAGAGGGUCUUGGUAUUACUGGGAUCAUUCUCUGUAUUUUUGGACUUCUUUAUGGUGGAUUUUGGAGGGUUCAAAUGCGGAAAAGGUUUGGCUUACCUGGGAGUGGCUGGUGUUUUGGGCAGCCAACCUUGACAGAUUUUAUGCAGUGGCUUUUCUGCAGUAUUUGUUCUCUUUCUCAAGAGGUUCGGACUGGGGACUUCUAUGAUGUGCAUAAUGACAACAAUUGUUCUAAAGCAUCUUUUGACUGUAAUUUAUCAGACAUUGGAAAUGCCUCACCUGUGUUAAUUCCUUUGAGUCAUGAACCAGGAUCAGCAGCAUUUAUACAACCAUUCACAAGCUCUCAAUCUUUGAGUUCUGGUCAGACACCAUUCAGUAGCCAAGCUUCAGCAUCACCCAUUCAAAGCGCCAUGUAUUCUGCUGGAAGCUCUAGCAUUUUACAGAAUGAGUCUCCUUGGCAAGAAGAAUCAGCAGCUUAUGUGUCUCAUUCCCCAGCGAGAGGAACUCGUGUGUCAAGAUCUUUGCAAUUGAUUGCAGAGGAUGCAGAGUCAGAAGCAGAUCAAAUGGGAAAUUCAAAUACUGAAGUUGAUCCAAUGAGUGCACCCAUUCCCCUACAUGUGCAAAGAGACUAAGAUGGUUUCUUGUUUCAAAAUAUUACUUAAAAUGAAUUUAUGUAGAAAAAGUUCCCAUAAAUUUCUGAGUGGCAGGUUCAGUUCUGUUGCUUCAGAGGCAUGUUCCAAAGGUUGUGAAUUGUGUUUGGACAAUAAAUUGCACCGUGACAUUGUCCAUGGUUUUCAUUGUCACAGCAUGCAUUUGAGGAUUGGCUGAUUCUGUUACUGCUGUGUACACUACUUGGGCAUAUCGAUGAUAUGGCACAUUUUCGAAAGCGCUUAAUCUAUAAUUUCGAAUUGUGCCAAUCAUCCAGUAGUCUUAGACUUGUUUCCACAAAUUGAUAAAAUAAGAGCAAAUUUGAGAGCAAUAAAUGACCUUGCAAUAUAACAAAGAUAAAUUGUCAUCUUGGCUGUACAAAUAAAUGAGUUCUUGAAGCAUUA